AUGGCACCUCACCCCUUCAAGAUCCUCAACGUAGAGGAGACGCGUAUCGCGCGUGACACUGUCCUCUCCCUCCACAAAGACUGCGUUGUCGACUUUCGAGAGAUCUACCUCCAAGAACCCGAGAAGGAGCUCAUGAAACAAUACCUCGACCUAGAAUAUGCAGCAAAGCCAGGACAAUCACCAGCUUCCAAGCGACCAGCGCGGUUGGCGAAGUGUCAAUACGAUGUUAUCGGAACCGACAAGAUACCAGAGUACCACGAGUCUGUCAUAGAUAUUGAACAGAAGAAGAGGGUACGCCAUGAGAUCGUUGGAAAGGAGAAGCAGGCCAGUUUGACCCUGUGGGAGUUCCAACACCUGGUCAAGGCUUGUGAGGAAAGCGACAUGUUCAAGGAUGCCAUGAAGGAGCUCAAGCUACCUGAUGGGUUUGAGUUGGUUGUUGAGCCCUGGCCAUACGGUGGUCUUGACAUUGGCGCCGAGAACCGAAGAUACUUUCAAGGAUUGUGCUUUGCACAGGACACACGGAAUGGAAACGACGAUUCCAACUUCUACGCCUACCCCUUACCACUAAUUCCUGUCAUGGACGCGCAAACGAGGAAAAUCAUUCGCGUUGACCGCUUAGCCACAGGUGGAAAGGGCGAUAGCCUUACCGGCCAGACACAUUCUGAGCGUGUUCUAGACCAUUGCGAGGGUGCGGAAUACGUCCCCGAGAUGGUCGAAGGUGGUCUUCGACAGGACGUGAAGCCUAUCAACAUUACACAACCAGAGGGUCCUUCCUUCAAGGUUACAGACGAAUCGCUAGUCGAAUGGCAGAAGUGGAGCUUCAGAGUAUCAUUCAACCCGCGUGAAGGGGCUGUUCUACACGACGUCAAAUACGACGGUAGAAGCAUCAUGUACCGGAUGAGCAUUUCUGAGAUGUCGGUCCCGUACGCAGAUGCACGACCACCCUUCCACCGCAAGCAAGCAUUCGACUUUGGUGACGGAGGUGCUGGUAACUGUGCCAACAACCUUUCCCUAGGUUGCGACUGUCUCGGCGUGAUAAAAUACUUUGAUGCGGUCAUCGUUGGUUCCGAUGGCGAACCAAAGGUCCACCCCAAUGUGGUCUGUCUUCACGAGCAAGACAAUGGUAUUGGUUGGAAGCACACCAACUGGAGAACUGGACGCGCAGUAGUAACACGACUACGAGAACUCGUCGUUCAGUUUAUUAUCACCCUAGCGAACUAUGAGUAUGUGUUUGCCUACAAGCUCGACACCGCCGGUGGUAUCACUCUUGAAGUCCGAGCCACUGGUAUCGUCUCAGUCGUCAACAUCGACCCAGGCAAGACAUCAGACUACGGCAAUGUCGUAUCAGGAGGUGUGCUUGCCCAAAACCACCAGCACAUCUUUGCCGCUCGUUUUGACCCAGCAAUCGACGGACACAACAAUACCGUCCUCUAUGAAGAAUCCCACACCGCUCCCUGGAACAAGGAAACCAACCCCAAUGGCAAUUUUUACGAAAUCCGCAAGACAACCAUCGACAAGUCCUCUGGUGUUGACGCCAAUCCCUUCGACCACCGCGUCUUCAAGAUCAUUAACCCUUCCAAGAAAAAUCCAAAGUCUGGUAACCCUGUAGGAUACAAGUUCGCACCGCUCCCUACGCAGAAGAUACUUGCUAGCCAAGGUAGCAUCCAAGCGCAACGAGCGCUCUUCACAAACCACCAUGUGUGGGUGACAAAAUACCAGGAUGAUGAGCUAUACGCUGCGGGUAGGUUCACGCUACAGAGCCAGCUCGAGCAAGGUGGUGUGCAUGACAUGGCUGCGCGAAAGGACAAUGUCGAGAAUGAAGAUCUUGUUCUCUGGAACGUGUUCGGACUGACACAUAACCCACGAGUCGAAGACUGGCCCGUUAUGCCUGUCGAGAUUUACCAAGUGCAUUUCAAGCCCAGCGACUUCUUCGAGCGCAACCCGGCUAUCGACGUACCAAGCACGAAGAAUAAUGCGUCGGUUUUGGUUGAAAAAGGAUGCUGCUCUGGAGAGCAGAAGCUUUGA